AUGGGGCCCUUGCUUGUCUUGGGAUUUGUAGUCUCCUUUGGCUGGAGAUGUUUGGCUCAAUGGAGGGGUCAGGCAGACAUCCCCCCAUGGGCCCCGAAUUGGGUCCUCCCACCUGCGGCACAACCUUAUGCCCCGCGUUCGAGGGGUGCCCAUGCAGUGACAGUAAAGUGUGAGCCACACCAAGUGGUUGUAACCGUCCACCAGGACCUCUUUGGUGUGGGAAGGCUGGUGGCUCCGGCUGACCUGACCCUUGGAGUGACCCCCUGCCUCCCGGUCUCCUUUGACCCUAUGACCAACCUGGUGGUCUUUGAGGCUGGCCUCCACCAAUGCGGCAGCACUGUGCAGAUGACCCCAGACUGGCUGAUCUACAAAACCAGCCUCUUCUAUGCCCCAUCUCUGGCCAACAACCCUGUCAUUGUCAGAACCAACGCUGCAGAGAUACCCAUUGAGUGCCACUACCCCAGGAAAGGCAACCUCACCAGCAGAGCCAUCAAGCCCACCUGGGCUCCAUUCAGCUCUACCAUGGCAGCCGAAGCAAGGCUUGGAUUUUCACUGCGGCUGAUGAAAGAUGACUGGAGCGCAGAAAGGACCUCUGCCCAUUUCCAGCUUGGAGACACCCUGCGGCUGCAGGCCGAUGUCCACACGGAAAACCACCUGCCCCUGAGGGUUUUUGUGGACAGCUGCACAGCCGGACCAAGCCCUGAAGCCACACUGGCAGCCCAAUAUGCCAUUAUUGACUCUCACGGGUGCCUAUUAGAUGGGAGACAGGAUUCGGUCUCCUCUGCGUUCCUCUCCCCGAGGCCCCGGCAGGAGUCUUUGCGGUUCAUGGUAGACGCUUUCAGGUUUGCUGGUAAUCCUAGGAAUCUGAUCUACAUCACAUGCCGCCUGAAAGUCACCCCGGCGGAGCAAGUGCCGGAUGACUUGAACAAAGCAUGUUCCUUCGGUCCAGAAGCCAACCUUUGGCAUCCAGUGGAGGGGCCCCGGAACAUCUGCCGUUGCUGCGAGAGUCAGAACUGUGGCCAUAUUUCAGGGGUUCGGCCCCACAGCUUUAGCUCCAGAUUUGAGAUGAGCUGGCAAAGAAGUCUGCAAGUGGAAACAGAUGCUCACCAAGCGCAACUGGUUUUGGGUCCCCUCCUUGUCUCUGAUGCCCAAGAGAGUGUCAGAACCGUCCCUGAUGAUCCGGAGGAGGAUGAAGAAAUGGUGAUAGAAGAGGAGUUUCUGCCAGUCAUCAAACCCAAAGAGGAGGAGGAGGAAACAGGAACCCAGUUCCCUUCCAAAGAGCAGGAAGGAUCCAUCAAUGUUUCAGAAGAGGAGGCUGAACCAGGAGUGCCUUGGGAAGCUUAUGUCCGGGGAGGCCCCAUCUUCCUUGGUGAGGGAGAAGAUAGCUCUGGAUUUGAGGAUCAGACCAAAGCAGCUGUGCCAGAGGAGGAGAGGACAGCCCUAGACUUCAAAGCAGAGGUUGUAUCCCGACCCCUAGAAGAUGCUCUUCCCUCCCCUACUCCAGGAAAAUUCUCCAUGGAAGCUCUCCGCAUGGCAGCAAAAAAGGAGGAGAGGACAGCUCUGGAAUUCAAAGCAGAGCUUGUGUCCAGACCCCUCGAAGAUGCUCUUCCCUCCAGCACUCCUGGAAAAUUCCCAGUGGAAGGUGCCAACAUGGCAGCAAAAGGUCCAGAGCAGUCAUCUGGAGGAGUGGUGUUGCUCAGUUUGUGCCUUCUGAUGGCAGGCGUUAUAGUUACCUUCCUUAUUCUAGGAGCCCUCCUCUUCCGAAGAUGCCGCCAUUCGAACUCGGCACUCCGUCCCUCUGCUUUUGCCACAGAGCUUUAGCAUCUUCUUGGCAGCUGUAAUAAUGGAAACAGAGUAAAACAAAAUGAUGGGGCAUUGAAGCCCUUCCUAACUGCA